GUCGUUGCCUGGAGAACUAGUUUUAUUGAAAUAAUAGCGAUUUGAAGUAAAGUUUAUUACUCAAUUUCUGAUUGAGAAACAAAUAUUCUGAAGAAAAAAUGGAAAGGCAAACGCCAGCCAUAGUUGAUCAGGAGGAGAAAUUGGGGAGAGACCUCAAAUCUGCCACGGAAAGAUGGAGAUGGAGAUUCAAUCUACCUCAAAAACCAAAUUAUAACAAUGUGUAUUAUUAUAAGAAAUCCAAGAAAAUAUUCAAUGCACCUUGUUACGAUUUGGACAUGGACAAACCUCCGGAUUCUUACAAGGGGGAAUUUUUGCAAGUGAAAAAUACACUGCAUCACACUGAGUACAGAUUGAAGAGAGCACAAGAAGAGGCUAGGAAUAAAAAACAGCAUUUAAUACAGCAAUGGCAAGAGCUCGAAAUUAAAGAAGCGGAAUUGAAGAAUAAUUUUGUACAAUUCAAUAAGUUCUUAGGUAGAAACAUAACAAAAAGAAAAAGGGCCGAACAAAAGUUUCAAGAAAUGCAAGCGAUGAGAGAAGAAUGCACAGAGAAGAUCCGGCAAAUGAAGAUGGAUUCGGAGAAAAUAAAGGAAUACGUCGAAAGUACAAAGGAAAUGAUAGAAACUCAUAAGAUUUACGGGAACUACCUGAACAGUGUUGUGAUGACGGGAAGUUUCAAGACUAUACAUCACAUCAUUAACAGGUACAUAGUGCUAGAAGAGACGAAGCAGAAUGUGGCAAAUAAAGUUAGCGAAACCAGCGAAGAAUACCAUAACAGACGUGCGAUAAACGAGAAACAGCUGGAAAGCUCUCAGAUGACCUUUCUCAGUCUCUCCAACGAGCUGUCCGAGCUUCGAAGGAAGUACGACGAUGCCAAGAAGAGGAGCAACGCCUGGGAGAGGGUAUUGAAUGAUAUCUGCAACAAAUACGCGGCCGUGGCCGAGAAUUUGAGCUGGUCGAGGAUGGCGUUGAGGCACAUGUUCGAUAUGGCAUUCUUCCGUGUCCGGAGACGUAGAAGGAGGUUGAUUAAAACGAAGAAAGACGAUCUGGGCAAGAUGCUGCGCAUCAACGAAACCCUCAAGGCUCUGGGGAGGAUCGAAGCUCAACUGAGAAAAUUGUACGGUCAGCAAAGUGUCGACACAUCGAUGGACCCGAUAAAGGAGGACUUUGGUAUCAAAGUCGAGGUAGUCGCUCCAAAAUCGCCUGGUCCUAAGGCGGGGGCGGUUAUGGGAAAGUGGAAGGGGAAGAAGAAGCGGAGGGUACACAUGUCGGGAGGAGAGGGGGAUGUGGAGGACUAUACUGAGAGUCCCGAUGACACGUGCCCUAUAAAGCUUGCAAGAGAUAAGUGGAAAUACGCAAACGUGAGGAACUUCGGGGAACGUUACAAAGAGGCACUGCUAGGCAUACAAGAGGAAAAGCUGCGUGAGAAGAUGAGGAAGUUGACUUAUGGCUCCGAUACCAGCCUGAGCAGUAGCGCCCUAGUCAACCCCAAGUCGCACAAGGCCAAAUGGGCGGCGGCGGCGGUGGCCCAGAAGAUCGCGAGGGAGGUUGGAGGUACCGAAGUCCACCUCCCCACUGCCGCCCCCUCCGCAAGCCUCCAUUUGAUGGCAACGUCGGACAGCGUCCUCGUGGUCCAGGACGACGUGCUCGAUAACGAACUCUUGGACUUGAACGUGGGCGGCAAGAGGCAGCAGAUGAAGAAGAUGAUCGAGAAGAGGUUCGCCAUCAUGAUGGAUGGGCACAGGGAUAACCAGGUGGUCUCGUUGCCUUCGAUCUCGUCAGGGCAGCAUCAGAGGAAGGAGCCUUUAAUUGAAAAGGAACGAGCGUUCGUUCCGGGGCUUUCUCCAGAUAAGUUACCACGCAUAAAAAUCAGACCGGUCAGAGGGAUAAACCAAAAGGCCAAAUGAGAACAAAAGUGACUUUGCAAGUAAGAUUAUAUGAAUGUCGAUCGGCCGGAUAUCUAUUAAGAUUAACAAAUAUACACUGUUCAUUUAUUUAUAAGAUUAAUUUAUGCAGAAUGUAUUCACGAAAAAGAAACAUUUCAACAUUUCUUUAUUGUACAAUAAUAAACGUUGUGAAAUCUCUUUAUAAGUA